AUGUCGGGUACGAAGAAUAGCAUAGAUAGCACAGAUCCUAUUCCCAGGAACAAAAGCAGUCCUGUGCGGAUCGCCUUUUUAGGAGGUCCCAAGACGGGCAAAACCUCCAUUAUCUCACAACUUGUCACCAAACACUAUAGAGAAACGUACUACCCCCUGAGGAAGACAAACCCAGUGCUAUAUACAUAUAGACCAAGUGCAGCGCUGGUCCCCAUAUUGGAUCCACUCGAUAAGAAUGCACACGAAAUUCUAGGUGCACAGGACUCAAAUUUGAUACUAAGCCCUGUCAUGAAACAUGGUUUGAGUAGAACUAAUGCAGAUGCGAGUACUACAUCAUUAUCUGAAAUAGCCCAGACACUUGCCAAAAACAAAGUUUAUCAUGUAAACACCAGCUCAAAUCAAACUGCAAAGACUGUUACACCAAUUCUUACUGAACUCAUAGAUACUCCGGCCUUCGAGCCUGACCGAUCAGUGCCGUUCCUAGAAGUCUCAUUGCAUGCCAAACUUGCCAAAGACGUGUUGCGGAAUUUGGCGAAUGACGCAGGACAUUCUGUCAAUGCUGAACCUCUUUUAGUCGCUAGCGGAGCUGCUGAGUUGAAUGGAGCAAUUGAUGGCUACGUUUUAGUUUAUAGUGCAGUUCCUCCAGCCCAAAUACCUGCGUAUGACGCAGACUCUAAGGUGCUGCAACCUACAAAAACAUCCUUGAGUGAUCUUCCGGUGAUACGCGAUGGUCUUAUCGAGGCUUGGAGCGAAUACUACAUGUACCGAACGCAACACUCAAGUUGUGGAGAGUCGGACAUAUUUUCUUUGAAAAAUGCGUUUAAGAACAUGUUUGACACAAAAGUAAAAAAAGAAGUUCCGCUUCGUGGAAAGCCUGAAAGCAUUUCACAAGAUCCUUAUGACAAGCUGUGCCUACCACCUAUUCUUAUAGUCUGCACUCACAAAAAUCUGCCACUUAUGUCACCCAAUUUAAUCGAACAAGGGAAAAAUUACGCAAAACAAUGGAAUUGCAGCUUCAUUGCCGUGGAUGCAUCGGAGAAUGUGGAUAUCACUCUUGAUUUGAUGCUAAGAGAAAUUAUAGAACGCAGAGAAGCACGCAAAACAAAAUAA